UGAAUUAUUUUCAUAUUGGGUGAACCGACCCUUAAUAUGUUUUAAAGCAAAGUGAGUAAAAUGUUCUUAAUGAGUAGAGUUGGUUAGUGUGCUGGUAAUCCUGCCGUGGAUCUUCAGCUCGGGAUGAUCCCGUUGUUUUUCUGAAUCUCCAUCUGCUUCAUUCAUCCACUCUUCUCUGAACAAGCAGCUUCUUGCUUUGAGUUUAAAGCAGGUCUGUGUGUGUUCAAUCUGGACGCUGAUAAUCUGUGUAAUCUGAUUAUGUGUGUGUAAGAGCCCGUGUUUCUCCACGCUUCACACACACACACACACACACACAGACGCCGCUGGUCAUGGCCGGAGAGGAGCUGUAUCCGAGGAAGAUCCUGCAGUACAUGGAGGGCUUCCUGGUGUCCAAGGCUCUGUUCAGCGCGUGUGAGCUGGGUGUUUUCGUGCGUCUGCAGGGCUCUCAGUUGUCUGCGUCUGAUCUGGCUCUGUCUCUGGGUUGUAGCGAGGACGGGACGGAGCGUCUGCUGAACACCUGUGUGAGUCUGGAGCUGCUGACCGCUAACACUGACCCCUGCGGGACAGUUGUUUACAGUAACACAGAGAUGUCCAGCAUGUUUCUGGUCCGGUCCAGUCCGAGGUCUCUGUAUCAGUCGAUCGAGUACAGCUCCAGGACCAUCUACCAGUGCUGGCUUUACCUGAGCGACGCCGUCCGAGAAGGGAAGAACCAGUAUGAGAAGGCUUUCGGAGUGAACUCCAAAGACCUGUUUGAAGCCAUGUACAGGUCUGACGAGGAGAUGCUGAAGUUUAUGCAGCUGAUGAACUCUGUGUGGAACAUCUGCGGUCGUGACGUGAUCACAGCAUUCGAUCUGUCUCCAUUCAGAAGCAUCUGUGAUCUCGGAGGCUGCAGCGGAGCUCUCGCCAAACUGUGUGUGUCGGCCUUCCCCGAAUCAACCGUCACCAUCUUUGACCUUCCCAAGGUCGUGAGGACCGCCCAGCAGCACUUUGUGUCCAAUCGAGACGAGCGGAUCUGCUUCUGUGAAGGAGACUUCUUUAAGGAUGAGCUUCCUCAGGCUGAUCUCUACAUUCUGGCCAUUCUGCAUGACUGGACCGACCAGCGGAGUGUGGAGCUGCUGGCCAGGAUUUACCAGUCCUGUAGACCAGGUGGAGGUGUUCUGCUGGUGGAGGCUCUCCUCUCGGAGGAUAACUCAGGUCCUCUGACUGCUCAGCUGUAUUCUCUGAACAUGUUGGUUCAGACGGAGGGUCGCGAGCGGAAGGCUUCAGAAUACUCUGGUCUGCUGAGGUCUGCUGGAUUCCCACGCGUCCAGAUCCACGGCACCGGGAAGAUCUACGACGCCAUCCUGGCCACCAAAUGAACACACACUCCACACACUCCACACACUCCCAAAGGAAUGAUCACAAAGGAAAUACUACUUUCAUUUUUCUACACUUAAACUAUGUGUUACUUAACGUUUCUAAUCGUGAAAUUUACCAGAAGUUUCUGAGUGAAAAUUAUUUCUACACUGUUUUUUUUUUUUUUUCAGAAUCAUCCUGAACUUUUUGCGACCUCAAUCCCUCCUGAAUUUACAGCAUUUUAAAUCUUACGAGCUGAAAUCCACAAACUGAAUGACAAAAAAAUAUGAUUUAAAUAUGAUUUGAAGGAUGCAAUCAAACCAAAAUUUAUUCAGAUACUGAGAAAAAAAGUAAUAAAAUAUGAGUUAAACUGAUGUUGAUAAUGUCAGAUAAUAUUAAAGGUUUGUAAAGAAUUGUGUUGAAUGUCUCUCAACCAGUGACUGGAAAAAGAUCAUAUCAGCUAUUAAAGAAAACCACG